AUGAACAUUGAAGGUCAUGUCAGAAACUUUGAAACACAUGAACUACCAGCAAUGUUAGAUAAAAAAGCAGAUAAAGAACAUACACAUAAAUCCUUCACUACUGUUAGAGCAGACGACAUAAUAUUGAACUAUGAUUUGGGUUCAAGUGCACCUUUAGAGAAUCCGAGUACAAGCGUAAAAGAUACUCUUAACAAUUUAGAUAACAGUUGCAGGAAUAUCGAAGGUCAUGCCAGAAACUUUGAAGCAUAUGAACUACCAGCAAUGUUAGAUAAGAAAGCAGACAAAACAGAGCUUCAAACAUUAAAGACUGAAAUACUUCAAAUAUUAUAUCCUGUUGGUUCUAUUUAUACGUCAAUGAACUCAACAAAUCCAGAAACAGUUUUAGGUUUUGGUACGUGGAAGCAGAUUGUAGAUAAAUUCUUAUACUGUGCUAGAUAUUCAAAGCAAACAGGAGGUUCGAAGAAAAUUAAAGAAGCAAACCUUCCACCGCACACUCAUACAGGAACUACAAACACAACAGGUAGUCAUUCACAUUCAAUAACAAAAAGAGGUUAUACAAAUCUUGCAGCAGGUUCGGAUAGACAGGGAAUGCAUAGAUAUGAUAUUUCAAGUGACCCAGUAGAUUCAAGCGCAGGUAUUUUCUGUGGAACCGCAGGAAAUCAUUCACACACUUUCACAACAAAUCCAACAGGCUCGGGUGCAGAUUAUAUGCCACCAUUUGUGACUGUAUUCGCAUGGUACCGCGUUCAAUGA